AUCUACAGCUUGGCACAAGCUUGGGUGAAUAGGAUUUACUCACGCAACAUCACCGCGCAUCACGGAUCUGUCAAAGUGCGCGAGUGGUGGGGGUCAAUAGUGCUUUCUCGGAUUGACACGGGACGACCGCCAGCGACCGCCGUAUCAAGUGCAUCACUCCGAGUCUCGGUCUCUGACGAGUUCAAUUUCACCACCAUGGGGGUCAACGCGACAACAGAGGAAUACCCCUCUCUACUUUGGAUAGCGAUUCCCUCAGUGCUUCUGCUAUCGGGAUUUUUGGCUAGGAAAUGGUAUCUACAACGCCGUCUGAAGGUACACGGCAUCGGGAAAGGGGCGCCUGGGUUCCAAACUAACGUUCGUCGAGUACGCGUCACACCCGAAAUCAUGGCGCGCAUACAGCGAGGAGAGGAUGUUAGUCCAGAAGAGAUUGCUGCAGCAUCAGCUCGAAUGGACGCUGAGGAGCGUGGAGAGACAGUUGCUCCGUUACCCGCUAAAUCUGAAACGAGCCGUCCCUCGAAAACCAAGUCUUCUACGGCUGCCAUUGCCAAAGACUCAGAAACAGACUCCGCUAAUGAGUGGCUUCCAGAGAGCAUUACAGCUCCGAAGAAGCGCACGAAAGGGAAGAGAAAGUAGGCUAUCAGUAUCCAGACUGCAGCGGUUGUAUCAAGAUUUAUGGUGCUUCGUUUCUCCAACAAGCCAGACUGCUGAACGAACAUCGAGAUUCCAAUACAGCCAUACUAUGCACUGAA